AUGUUCACCUGCUGCACAAAUUUUACUCCCUUAUUUUCAUAUAUUUUAUUUUUUUUUGCUCAAUUCCACGCCGCUUCUGUGAGUGUUCAAAUAAUAAUAAUAAAAAUAAUAAUAAUAACAAUAAUAAUAAUAAUAAUAAUGCAAAAGGCAGCAGUACUUACUCAUAUAUAUAUAUACAUAUAUAGAAAUAUAUUGGAUAAAAGAAAUGAGAUGGUUAUGAAAACACAAAAAACAAAAAAAAAAGAGCGCUUGAAUAAAAUGUUGAAAGUGGCGGAUAAUGUGAAGAGGAAAAGUUAA